AUGAUCUGCAGGACCGACCUGAUCCAGAGGUCAAAAUCGUCAGUCCUGGCUGCUUACGAGUUGAAGGCAAGCCUCGGGCGAGGAGGUGUCGGCCGUGUGGUGCAGGCAGCCUGCCGGCGAACACAGAUCACCAGAGCUGUCAAGAUCACCAGCCAAAAGUCUGAUCCGUCAGGUUUCGAGGUGUCUUUGAUGAGCAAGUUGGACCAUCCGAAUGUCGUGCGUCUCUUCGAGACCUUCGUUGAGGAGUCCCAAGGCCAGAUACACUUGGUCAUGGAGCUUUGCAAAGGAGGUGCGUUGCCCAGCUAUGCCCGGGAGUUCUGGCCACCCCUGGAAGAGGCUGCGGGGGCUGUGAUCAUGUGGCAGUUGCUGGGGGCGGUGAACUACCUCCACAAACAGUCGCUGAGCCACGGGGACAUCUGCCCUGCCAACGUCCUUAUGCUCCACUUCGACCGACCGCCUGAGCAGAACGUCACGAAGCUCAUCGACUUCGGAGCGCACGCCGGGCGUCGGACGCACGAUCUUCCUUCCUCUGGCUUGGUCAUGAGAGCUUUGCUGGGCUGGUGCUCCGGAAUGAAGGGUGCCUCUCUGAGAGAAGCCCCCGUGAUGAAGAAGGGCCAAGCGGCGGUCUACAGCGAAGGGGGCCUCGGUGUGCCCAUCAGCAAGGCCGCGGCAGAGCUCCUCGCGCGCUUCGCAGGCUCCGAGACCGACGCGGCGUUCACUGCUGAAAAGGCCCUGUGCCACACCUGGUUCAUCCGCACAAGGCACGGAGAAGUUCCACUGCGCAAGGCGACUUCUAAGAGAGGUGCGAGGAAUGAGCCCGAGGCCAGCACGCCAAGAGAGGCAGGCUCACGUGGCAAAAAAGACCAAGAAGGUGGUAGACGAGACAGGAACAAAGAGACCAAGCCGAGGAGCGAGAAGAAGGGCGACGGAAUGGAAGAAAAGCCCGUGACAGCUGCAGGGUGGUGGGGUUCGCAAGCGGAACUCCCGCAGAACUUCGUGGCACGGCUGCGCGCUUUCUGCACCGUCAGCAGUGUCUCCAGGGCCAUUCUACUGGUGGCGGCCGACUGCUUGGAGGAGGAAGCCCUGGCGCCACUGCGGGCGGCCUUCCAGCGCUUGGACGGCUGGUGCCCGGACGGCCUGCUGACCGAGGAGGACCUGAGGCACCGGCUUCCAAAGUUGGGCUGCAAGGAUGCCCCAAAGGACUUGGACCGCUUGCUUCUGGAGGCCGACGUCGAUGGGGUGGGGCUGCUGGACUACACCACUUUCCUCGCCAUUGCCAUGGGUGCUCAGGUGCUCUCCAGCGAACUUGGCCAAAGAGUCUUCAAUGUUCUCGACCGAGACCAGGACGGCAUCAUCUCAAUGGCUGAUCUGGCUGCUUUCCUGGGCCGUGACGAGGACGAGACACAGCUGUCAUCCGGGCUUGCGCCAUUGACCUUCGAAGGUUUCCAGACACUUCUGACAGACUUGGCCAAGCGCCAGGAAAACUUCGGACAACCCUUGUCGGAGGUGCAGCACGUCUUGUCCUCUGCAGCUGUGGAGCGGCUUCAAGUGGCAAUGGAAACGGUUUCAGGACUGGCUUUUGGUGAACGAUCUGAAAUCAUCAAGGCCAAGCGCCGCAUUGCGGAUGCUGCAGCGAAAAAGCGCCUAGCCACGGAAGAGCGGCGCCGAAAAGAGAAGUCGAGGUCACGGCGAAGGAAAGUCUUGCCUUUGGAGGGCCUUGGCCAGCCUGAUGUGCGUGCAGAGGCAGACCCUGUCGCGAUGAGCCUUCUCGUGGAAGACAGCAGCGACGGCGAUGGCGGCGACGGCGGGGAGGGUGAUUCAUCCUCCGAGCCCUCUCAAGCGCCGUCGCGCGCCUCGCAUUCGGAUGUGGGAAGCCGUUCAGGGGCCACAGGGGCCACCAGCACCCCAAGCGACCCGGUCUUCGAAAGAGACAGAGAGUCAGAGUCGGAGCCCGGGCUCCGACCUGAAACUUUUCCUCGUCCUCGCCGUCGUGAAACCCAACGCCUCAGGGUGAGUUUGUAG